ACUCCGCCCCCUAUCGCUGAGAAUCAACUAAUGAGCCAAAUGAGGAUAAACGUUAAAGUAAAACUGAUUGUAGAACGUCACAGUGACCUAAAAGGUCAGUCACGUUAGCCUGUGUGUGUUUACGUGAAGUGUUGAGUUUAGAGUGAAGUGUGGCACAGUGUUUGUGAGCGAGUGUGGUGUUUUGGGGCUACAGUUGGUGGUGGUGUUUCCCUCAGGGCUGCAGAUGCGCCUUCUGCUGGAGCAACGCUGCCUCAGCGGCCCGUGCAGAGAUGGCGAGGAAACCCCGGUGACACGGCACUGCUUUUUCAUGACGGUGAGUUUCCCUUUGAGUGUAUUAUAAUUUUGUGAUAAAAAUUUCAAGGAAAAAACACACACGGCCUCCUUCCACCCCUUCCUUCUGGGAGGGAAGAGUGUGCGCGGAGAGAAAAAUCUAUCUGAGACAGAGCAAGGACAGUGAGGGGAAAAUAUAUGAGUGGGAGAGGGAGAAGAAGAAGAAGGAGGAGGAGGUGGAGAGGAGGGGGAGCAAAUUAAAAGUUGCCAAAUGGAGAUAUUGGGUUUCAAGAGGAGUGAGACAGGAGUGUCAUGGAUGAUGAAGACGACCGCCGUCUUCUGGAUUUUAUUGGAGAUGUACAAGCUUUAAAUGACUAUCUUCAUGGGUCCAAUAGCAAAUCGAUAGAAGAGGAUGACCUGACAAAUGCAGCCUAUGAAUCUGCAACCUCAUUUUUCUCGAACGACACCGGUGGCUCCGAUGAAGGACUUAAAGAUGCUCACAAUCAUCUGGAAGAAUUUGGUGAAGCUGGUGAAUCUGGACUCUCCAGCAGUCUUCAGUUUAUUGAAAAUGAGCUUGAGCAUGGUGUCUCCCCUAGUGACCGGGUUGAUCUUGGUAGUGAGGACCAACCUUUUGAUAUUCUCCAGAAAUCUUUAUUGGAGGCAGAUAUCACGGAGCAGACAUUGGCCGAAGAGGCGUUGUUGGACUCUCAACCAGCUCUGUGUCCUGCUGCAAACUUUCCCCAGCAGCUGGUCUCUGGAGGACUUGGAGGUGUUUCAGGAACUGGACUAGUGGCUCCAAUGCCCCUAGCUGGGGCACAACCUCAGGCUUUUAUUCAGCAAGUUCCCCAGCUGCCUUUGCCAAAUGGACCAGCAGGACACAUUCAGUUAGUGAGCUCUCUUAAUGGAAGUACUCCCUCCAUGAUGACUAUCAAGAGCCUGGAGCGCCCUCAAAUACUUUUGAGGCCUGGUGGAAAUGCAGUGAUGGGCAGUGCUGGUCAGGGUACAGCUUUUGUUCCUUCUGCACCCGGACAGGUAUCUGUUCCCUUUAAUAAAGGGCCAAUACAGCUGCAAAAUAUUAUCAUUCAGAGAGGCCCUGUACCACAGUCUUUGGUCAGACCUAUUCAACCUAAGGCCCUCCAGACAGGUGGACAAACUGUGUACAAUAUAAGCAAUCUAGGGAUCCAACCCAACACUGCUGCUAUUGCAAACCCAGCCAAUACUAUUGCAUACACAGCCAAUGGAUCUCCACAGACUACCCAGCAAGUAAAGGUUGUAAGUCAGGGCACCAGCAUAGUAGUCCAUUCUCCCUUUGGACAGCAAGGACAACCACAGGUCCAGGCCAGUCUUCCCCAGGGGCAGUUUUUGCUACCUUCUGGCAGCACUGUCCAUGGGCUUCAGGCAGUGAAUGGCCAGGUUCUUCAAACCAAUGCUCAAGUGGGUGACCCAUCCUUAACUAGCACUACUACAUACUCUAUUCUGACUAAUCAGAAUACAGCAGUGCAGAUUAUUGCUGGGCAAAACUUUGCAACUGGUGGGCAGAUGAUUGUGAAUCAAGGUGUGGUUGGUGCAGGUCAGAUAGGGCAAGCCUCUCCUACAGGAGUAAUGCAGGUUGCUCAGAGGCCUGGUGUCACUGCCAAAGUCUGGACUGCCAACCCAUCACCCACUCCAACUGCUGUACAGGCUUUGCAGACACCAAACCGUCUUACCAUGGUAAAUUCCACAGGCCAGACUCUCCAGACUCAUCUACAGAUAUCAGUUAGCCCGGGACAGCGUCUUCUGGUGCCUGUGGCACAAAACAACACAAACUCUUCACACACUGCAGUCCAAGAGACACAGUUUGAAAAGCAGCAGAUACCUGUCAACCAGGACUCCACAUUACCAAAACAAAAAGCUCAGACACAGCUGGUUAAUCUUCUUGGUACUAAAGGUGUGAAAACUCCUGCCAACCAGGAAUUCCUUCUCUCCACUUCUUCCAAGAGACCUGAAAAUCAGCAGCUCAGCAGAGGAGGAAUGGUUCUUGAGCAGUUAAGGAGGAAUCAUACCAGGGUCAUGUCUCCAGAACUUACACCCUUCACUUCACUAAAUGAUGUCAUGGACAGAUUGCUGCCCUAUCAUGUUUUCCAAGGAGAGCCACCCUGUGAGGAGGAUUUUGCCAAAGUGGAUGAAGAAUUUGAGGCAGUUGCCACAGAAGUGUUAAUGAGAACACAGUCCAUGGUGAACAAAUACAGGCGUUUGCUUAUGGUGGAGGCUGAGCGGUCCAGCCCAUCAUCAGAAAUAGUGAUGAUUGACAGGACAUUCAACCAAGAGGAACGGAACAACUUGACUCAAGACAAACGAAUGGUACUUGUAGACCCAGAUGGGUUUCUAGAGGAAUUCUGCUGUGGACCUAAGAAGUUGUCUUCAAACUCAGGGGCCAUGGAUUUGGAUGGUCAUGAGGAGAUCCCCAGUUUCAUGGAGACUUCCCCUAGCCAAGACACAUCGCACAUACAAGAAUACAGAGAGAGGACAGAAUGCCAUAUAAAGCCUGCUUAUAGGACAGAAGCCUAUUCAGCUUUUGAGGAUCCAGGUGGCGGUGGUCAUGAAGAGACUUUCAGUAAGAGCAACCUAGACAUGAAGAACCAGAAAUCCAACAUCAUCAGUAGCAGCAGCAGCAGCCAGCACCACCAACACUUUCACCCUGCCCACUACUCCACAUCUCCUAGCCAUUCUCAGCACAGUUCUGGCCAUUUCUAUCCCUCUGAACAGCUCCAAUCAUUUGAGCAUGGUCACGUCCAACUAUCUGACACUGAUUCUGUGCUUGAAGCUGCAGUGAAUAGUAUAUUAGACUGUUAGCAUUUUUUUUGGUUUGUUUUCUUGUUAGAUACUGUCACAAUCGUGAGUUGAAUCCUGCAUCAUGUGAGACUGAAGGAUGCACUUCAGCAAAACAAUUGUUUGUGCACACAGCAUCCCUUUAGUACAUGGUAAGCAGUGUAGAGAAGGAAAAUGACUGUGCCUACUGUUCUGGAAACGUUUACAUGAGAGCUCUUUUGGAAGUGCACCCACACAAAGCAGUAAGCUCUGAUGUUUGAAAAAUGCUAGUUACACAAUUAUUCAUGUGUAUGUAUGACAUGCGCGUGUGUGUGUGUGUGUGUUACUGUCUGUAGCUCUGGAACAUACCUACUCUUAGAAAACUUUGAUCAGAUCAAGAAUACUCUCGUACUAAGUUACACUAUAUGUGGAGGUUUUCUGUGUCACUUUUUUAGUUUAGGUGUAGGUGGGUCUUGUGUGUCUGAACUAGCUGCCCUUCAUAAGACUUAAUGCUUAUGACUUAUAGCGGUCCUUUAUCCUUUAAGAUUAUUGCAGUAGUGUCUGACCAAAUAAGGCAUCUUAAUAUAGACACUCUGGUUUUAAAGUGGUAGUAAUCAGUGACGGUCCCACAGCCUCCUUGCACUGCACAUCUGUGUUUCCAUUCUUCUUUGAAAUUUCUGAUUCACGUAUAGAAGAGCUAGAAAAUUAGCUGAAUGACUGAACUGGUUGAAAUCCUAAACUAUGCAGUCCAGGCGAGGAAUUGAAUACUGUUGUAAGAGCAAUGACACUGCUCAUUUUUCUUUUAUUUAGCAUUUAGUUUUGUACCUUACAGGUAUGUGACCUCCUGUCCACAGAGACAAGCUCACUUUUGAGUGGUUUUUUUUCUGCAGGGGAAACUAAGUCCUCAGAUUGAGGGUACAAUGUUACAUUCUUUAUGCUUUAUUCAUUUUUUUUAAAUGAUUUUUUUUUCCCCCUUUAUGCUGCUUCUAGCCCUGGAUAGAAAACCUGCUCGUGUGUAACUAGGUUGCAUUUCCAUGAGCCCAGAGAGAUACUGUCCUAAACAUUUUCAUUUCCCCUCGUGGCUGGUGUUCCCUGCUGGUCAGGUUAUGUUCUCUCUCUGGUUUUCAUUUUUUUUUUUUUGGUUGUAGCAACUAACAUUUGCACACACAAACACCGUCUUUUAGACUUCCGUGUUUUUCUGCAGUUUGUCUCUAGUCACUGUUUGCUAAGUGAUUUUUGAAGUACCAACAUCUUCAUAUAAUGUGAGAGACUCAAUGCUUUGCCUACUCAUUGGGUUAUUUGACAAGUCACCCAUGUGUCCACACCAAGUAAAUUUUUUAUCAUGAUAACAUAUUUUAAAGCCACAAUCACAAAUUUUAAAGCUACUUUAUAUACUUUGGUAUUAGUUUAAGGGACUAGGAUGAUCUUUAAUCAUCUGAAGAACGUCCAUUUCUACACUAUAAAACUGCUGUGAGCCAAAAAAUAUUUUAGAGAGAUUUUUUUGUAGUAUUUCUAGAAAUACAGACCAAACUGCUUAAAUCGUAGAAAUGUGGUUCUUUCGGAAAAACAUUUUAAUAAUGCAUUCAGAGCUCUAUCUAGGGAUUUUACAUGGCAAACUGGAUCCCUCCUGCAGCACUUGGUGAUUUAUUUUUUUUCUGCCAGGUAGUAGUGUAAAAAAUUUCUGACUGUGGCUUUUUUUCUGACUGCAUGUAACAAGGUAAUAACUCGUUUACUCCGACAACAGGAGUGAGACCAACACAGCAUAAACAGCAGGUGAAUGGCUUGAUUCAUUUAUGUGUAUGUACAUUUUUGUGUCUGCAUGUUGGUAUUGAAAGGUUGCUUGUGCCUAAAAUAUGAUUUCCUUAAUCAACAACACUAUACUGUAUAUCUUUCCCAGCGGUUCAACCAAAUAUGACGAACAAAAGAAGUUGUAAUGUGACGUGAUUGUGAUGUCUGUGAUCCGAGCUUGUGUGGGUGAAGGAGGUUCAGCCUGAAGACCUUUUUUUUUUUGUUUGAGGGGGGUUUCUUUGCCUUAGGAGAGUGUACGUGAAAACAGUUUGAAGAUUCUUUGUUUUACGGUACGUGUGUGGCCUUCAGUUAAUCCCAACACCUUCAUGUUGAAAGUUAUCACCAUGGUUGUAACAUUUCAUUUUCAUACAAAAAGUUUAUUUGCAACAUUUUUGUUUUGUAUUAAAAAUGAGAGUACAGCAAAAAUAUUUAUAAUUUUUGUAAGAAAAGUAUGGAAAACGGAACAAAAAAGGAAGUUAUUUUUUAUGUUGGGUAUACCUUGUUUAUGUGAAAUCAAAAUAUAUGGUCAGAUAUUGAAUUAUUGUUUAAUUUGUGCUCACUACAACAGCAAAGAUCAAUCAAUAUUAAAUUCACUUUGAAUACAA